GCAGAGAAGGAGCGGCACGCCGUGCAGGAUCAACACGCACACACACGCGCGCGCACACGUACACAACAAAUCGUAAAAUCACAGACACUGUAGCGUGUGUGUCUGUCUGUGUGUGUGUUUUAAAUAAACAUUCUUGUAAGUGACAAAGAACCGAGUUGCGGCAGCGAGAGAAGUCAUCCAUCUGCAAUCAGGAGGGUUUGAGGAAACGGCAAACCGAGUCAUCAUGUGAAAGAACUUGUGGGAAACGGACAAAAGGGCUGGAGUACGAGCAGAAUAGGACGGAAAAGGGACGCCCUCCCCACGCUCCACCAACCUGCCAAUCAUCUCUCUGACCUCGCACCUUUCUAACUGAUAGUGAUGUAGAUGUGUCCGUCUGCUGCUCGUGGAUAAAUGAUCACUAAUCAGCCAAAGAAGAUGAAGGACAAUUUUGGCGUGAGCGGAAUGUCCGUGGAUGAGAAGUCUGAAGCCCCCAUGUAUGUGUAUGAGUCAACAGUUCAUUGUACCAAUAUCCUCCUCUGCCUCAACGACCAGCGGAAGCAGGAUAUCCUGUGUGAUGUGACUGUCCUGGUGGAAGGCAAGGAAUUCCGAGGACAUCGGGCUGUGCUGGCUGCGUGCAGCGAGUAUUUCCUCCAGGCGUUGGUGGGCCAGGCAGAGAAUGGCUUGGUUGUUAGCCUUCCUGAAGAGGUCACUGCCAGAGGAUUCGCCCCAUUGUUGCAGUUUGCCUACACUGCUAAGCUGUUACUCAGCAGAGAAAACAUUCAGGAGGUCAUCCGCUGUGCUGAAUUCCUGCGCAUGCACAACCUCGAGGACUCAUGCUUUCGCUUCCUGGAAGCUCAGCUGCGCAGCGAGGAGGACGGCUUGCUGCUUUGCCACAAGGUGGCAGGAGAAGCAAAUAACUUGGAGGAUGAGAACAUGCAAUCAGAAGCAGAAAGGCCCACCUCCCCCAUGGCCCGACAUUGUGCAGAUGCCCUUACUUCGUGUCGAGACCCCGACAACGAUCGGCUAACGAUGGCUAUGCCUGGUAACUUCACAGAUAGCCGGCCAGAUUUUGAUCGCCAUGGAGCAUCGGAUCUGCCGCGUUGCCCCAAGUACCGGAAAUACCAGUGGGCUUGCAACAAGCACAAUAAUGACUCCUCCUCACAUACCAGUACCUCAGGUUUUCCAAGCACAUUAAAGGAGACCACCAUUAGUGGGGCAGUGGCAAAUCAGGGCACACUGCCUUUGGCACAGAUCAAAGUGGAACCACAGGCAGAGGAAGAGGCCAUUCCUUUGUGCCUGUCAGGGGAUGAGCAGGACACCAGGGAUACGGAUGUCAUAACAGCCAUGGAGAUGGAUAACCCUAUAUCUGUAGAAAGAACCAAGAGACCCAAGUCCCCUUCCUGCCUGCGAGCCUUCUUCAAGAAAGGAGUUGACAUCUCCAGUCUGCCCAACACGUCACAGCAGCUAUUCGCCAACAGACUUAUCUGCCCCCAGGACAAAGGAAACUCUCAGGGAGAUCAUAAAAAAGACUUAGGCCCUUUCACUGGGGAGGUGACUCUAUCUGUUGCAUCCCCAAAAGAGGUGGAUGGUUUUCCUGCUAGUUUGUCCCACAAAUCAACUUCCUGCGAUGGGGUUUGCAAACAGGAAGUUGAAAUCGACCGCCGCAGUGUCAUAUUUUCCUCAGGGGCCUGCAAUCGCCUGGGAAACCCAGCGCAUUCCUACCCUGUUGGGAACUCUUUGGAGAUUGAGCUCUCUGAGCACAUGACAAAGGGGCUGUGGGCUGGAGCUAGCCAUUCCCUACCCACCUCCCAGUCCUAUUGUCCCAGCACCACUUCUUCUGAGCCCCAAGUCCUGUGCCGCCCUAGGCCCAACACCAGCUGCCCAGUGCCAAUCAAAGUAUGCCCGCGCUCACCGCCUUGUGAGACUCGCACCAGAACUUCCAGCUCCUGCUCCUCAUACUCCUACGCAGAGGAUGGCAGCGGAGGGUCUCCCUGCAGCCUGCCCCAGUUUGAGUUCUCUUCUUCACCAUGCUCUAAUGUGGCUCGCUGUCUCAAUGUGGACCAGCAGGAGCAAAGUGUAGGAGGGGAGGUUGUUUUUAACCAGGUGAGGCCCAAGAUCAAAUGUGAGCAGUCCUAUGGCACCAACUCUAGUGACGAGUCGGGCUCCUUUUCAGAGGGAGACAGCGAGUCCUGCCACGUGCAGGAGCAAGGAUCAGAGGUCAAGCUUCCUUUUCCUGUAGAUCAAAUCACAAAUCUUCCAAGGAAUGACUUCCAAAUGCUGGUGAAAAUGCACAAACUGACUUCAGAGCAACUUGAGUUUAUUCAUGACAUCAGGCGGCGGAGUAAGAACCGCAUCGCAGCACAGCGUUGUCGCAAGAGGAAGCUCGACUGCAUCCUCAACUUGGAGUGCGAGAUCAGAAAGCUGGUGUGUGAGAAGGAGAAGUUGCUGACUGAGAGGAACCAGCUAAAGGCAUGUAUGGGUGAGUUGUGGGAGAACUUCUCCUGCCUGUCACAGGAGGUGUGCAGGGAUGUUCAGCUCAGCCCCGAGCAGGUCCAGUCGUUACACCACUACUGUCCCAUGCUGCGCCCCGCCAUCUCCACUGCCAGCAACAACACUGCCCACGAGCCCAAGGCCUCCCUCAGCACCAACACCACCACCAGCAUUGACCUUACCACCCACUCGGGCUCAGCCACACCAGAACCAACCUUUCACGGUUCACCCGGGCCAUCGGAGAGCGACCCUGACGUGGCUGUCAGAAACAGGGCAGACAAAGAUACAAACGGCCAAGACGCCACCAGCUUGUAUACAAAGUCAGGGCCACCGGUGGAAAAAUCCAACCAGACGGUAACGGUGGAUUUUUGCCAGGAAAUGACUGACAAAUGUACAACUGACGAGCAGCCGAGGAAGGACUGUACUCAGUAGUGGUCGUUCUCUGUUUUGUUUUCUUUUUCAUUAUUUAAUUUUGCUCUUCUGACAAACCCUCUCUCAGGGUUGUUGAGACAGUCAGCAUCUGCCAGUGUUCAGUGAAAAACAAGCUUUGUUUGUAUUUAUAUCUUUUUUGACGGUCGACACUAAAGUUGUCUUAACAACAGCAAUACUGUUCUCCAGGAAUUCUCCUAUUACCGUGACAGAGUGGAACUUCUCACCAAACCCUUACGAUGGUGCUAUACUUGCCCCGGCAGCAACCUCUACAGUGGAGACUUUGUUCUUCAUGUGUCACACAUCACAACUCAAAGUCAAACCUCAUUGGACCUAAACUGCAGCUCGCUUUGUCUCUCUGCAUACCAGCAGUAUGUCAGUUCCUGCCUUUGUCUUUUCCUCUUCUCUCCUUGCCACUCUGUCUCUCUCAAUCUCUUCUACCUCUUUCUGUCUCACUCUGCAUCUCUCUCUCUGUCUGUUUCUUCUUUCACUAUAUCUGAGUGACACUUUUGGUCACAGCAAUUCAAACUCAGGAAGAAAAAAAUCCUCUGAAUGUUCAACCUAAUUCAUGAAAAAUGAGAAAACGGCUUCUGUACACACGGAAGUUGCAAACUGUAAAAUGUUCAUAUGCAAAAAUGUCUUCAAACGUCUCUCAUUUGUAUUGCUGUACAGAAGAAAUUUGUACAGAUUGUAACCGAAAACAUUCCUCCUAUGCCUUCCACGUGGAAUUGAAAGGAGAAAAAAAAAGGCUUUUGCAGGCAGUUAAAUGGCUAUUUUUAUUUCCCACUCAUCAGCAAUACCAUUGUAUUUGGAUGUUGUACUGGUGACUUUCAAGUGCUUGUUUGGCAGAAGUGUAUAUAGCAUGAUGACUGUAACAGUGAUUUUGUACAGCUAGACGCCUAGAUGUUUCUUUUUCACCGGGGUUAUAACAAGGGAAAAAUUGUUGCUUUGCUGUUUCCUGUCCUGCCUAAUGAACGAGGGGAGCGUUCUUAUACUCAGGAGAUCAGCUCGAUACACAUUUAGACACAGUACACACAGGCACGCACACAUCGACACACACAUUUUGAGCCCCUUGCAUGUAUAAUUGAAGAUGUGUUUUUGAGAGCGUGGCUCAGGCUGGCUCUUCUAAAUCUUCGACACCUCUUUAAAUGUGAAAAAAAAAAUCCUUGUUUUCUUUUCGUUUUUUAAGGAAACGUAUUUGUUCCCAGAACUUUAAUAUAUCCUAUUUGUUUAUACACAAUGUUGUCAUUUGAUGAUAGGAGACAGCAAAAAGCCUCUCCGAUUUUUUAUUUUUUUUUUAAUUUAUGUUGAUUACGAUAAAAUUGACUAAUGAAAAAAUGAAAAAGCAUACAAACAUAAAUCACGCACUUUUUUCCUGGCCCCCUUACGCCCCAAGUGAGGGUCUUUACUUCAGACUGCUUAAAAGUCAGAGACUGGAGCACUUAAAUUGGCAAGAAAUAUCUAUGAAGAAUAUAAAAAUAUGCCGAAGGAAGCUAAUAUUUCAUCUUACAUUUUUAUUUCUUUAGAAAUUGAAUAAGCUAAUUCAGUUCCUUUGACGUGAAAGCAGUGUGUGUGUUGUUCAGAUGAUUGAGUAGCAAUCAUAUAAGAUAGUAAAGUGUUUAACCUACUUGUGCAUUUGUUUUAAACACCCUACUUUGUAAUGUGCAUGCAUGCUACCUAAUAGCUAUAAACCUAGUUAGUUGGUUUAGCUUUUUUUUUUUUUUUUGCUUUGUGCAUUCUCUCUGGAACAUUCUGCUAUAAAAAUGCAUUUUCACAUUUCUAUAUAUAAAGAAUCUGAAAUAUGUCAACCCUUGCUAGAGGCAGAAGUAGCAGAGCUCCACACUCCAGUGCAAAGGUUGAAUGAAAAUGUUCAUUGCACUUUAAAGCUCCAAUCCAAAUUAGCACUCCCUAUUAGCCUAACAGGGCUGUGGUUCAUGUUUUUACUGUAGUUUCUUUCGAAUGUUUCCUAUAAAAAAGCUAUGCUUAUGUUAAAACAGAUGAGUAUCUAAUACAGUACUUUGAAAAUGAAAUCCCUUAAAAGCUAAAUUUAAUGUUAAACUCAUUUAUUAGCAUAGUUGAAAAGCUGCUCUGUUGUCACAAGGGGUCACCAUAGCAGGUAGCGCCGCACACAACCUCAAAGAGGAUCCAUGUCUCCGGCCAGCGACCUUUCACGCAAAUGUACAAUCAGUAAUUAUGGAGACACACAAGCUUAUUUGCAUUUAAAAGCUUACUUGAACAAAAUAUACUCGUUUGAAUUUUUUAUGAGCCACUGAUGUUUUCACGUUUUCAAGUUUUUUCUGUUGUCUAAACAAUAUUGCCCUAUUUUACUGCUUCCAGGCUAGCUGAAAGCCACUCAGCUGGCUUUGUCAUACUAGAAACCUAAUUUCCUCCAUGCAUGUGUGAAAAUGCAAUAGUUAUGUAAGAAGUAAAUUAAGUCAUUUUAAAACUUUACUUUACAGCUUUACAUUUUUAUUAAUAAAACGUGUUUCUGUUUGUUUGUUUUCCAAAUAACAUGUAAUACAAGAUGCUAAAGAAAUAGAUUAUAAUUUUACUUAAUAAAAAUAUGUUCCAGGUUUUAAGAAUCUAUAGCUAAUUUGCCAUCCAUAAACAUUUCCUCAUUAGGUUAUCAAAAAUUAAAUAAAUAUUAGUGUCCAUUUUAUAUGAUCAUUUGAACCUAUUUAAGUGGGCCAGUAGCUUUUGAUAGUGCUGUAAAAGGUAUAUGAAAUGUAUUUUAUCAGGUUAUACAGUGGUGCCCUCUUCCUGAUUUCCUUUUUUUUAAAAAUAUUUUUGUCACAAUUACACGUUUCAGAUCAUCAAACAAAUUUAAAUAUUAGACAAAGAUAACACAAGAUGAGAUUUUUGUCCAGUCUCUUUCUUCUUAUUGAAUCAUGAACAUGUGAUGGACAUGUUUAAUGUUGUUCUGGGUUCUUCUGUUACCUCCUGGAUGAGUGCUGGGAGGUCACAGAUCUGCUCUUGGAGUCAUACUGCUAGGCCGGUCACUCCAGUUAAUCACUGUUCCAUGUUUUCUCAAUUUGUGUAUGAUGGCUUUCACCGUAGUUACAAAGACUUCAAAAUAGCUUUGUAACCCUUAACAGACUGACAGACGUCAGUUACUUUGUUUUUCAGCAUUUUCUUUAGAUCUUGACAGUCUUUUAGCCAGCUUCACAUAGUCAGACAGGUCUGUCAGUAAUCAGGCCUGAGUGUGUUUAAACUGAAUUCAGCUUUUCAAAAAAAUGUGGUUAAUCACUUUUAAUUCAUGAUUUAAAAAGAGGGGCAAUUAUUUUGGAUAACUUUUCUACCUCUAUCAAUGAAAUCAUCAUUUAGCUUACUCAGGUUAUCUGAGCUUACUCAGGUUGUCUUUAUCUAAUAUUAAAAAAAAAAAUUGAUGAUCUGAAACAAGUGUGACAAAUAUGUAAAACACUAGAAAAUCAGGAAGGCUUCAACGUGUUUCUAACGUUUUGUUUCAAUUGUUCUCCCUGUGGCUCCGUAUGUUUUCUUGAGGUAUUCUAGAUUCCUCCUCAGUUAAACUGUGGGCAUGAACUGUGAAAGCCCUUAAAGACUGGAGACCUUUUCAGGGUGUACAUCACCACUCACCCUCUGACAGCUAAGAUGGGCUCCAGCCAUGCUGCAAUAAUGAAUGGGCUAACCAGUUGAGAGAAUGGAUAGAUAUUCAAGUUAUCAACAUAAAAUAAAAACACAGAAAGGGGAAGAGUAAACUGUAAUAAUAUAUAAUUUGACAUCAAGAAAAGUAAAUAAUAUUAAUAAUUGAAUUGACUAAAACAUGUCAUUUAAAUUUGUACAACUAAAGUGAUUUAUUCAUUUUCAUAACCUUUUUUUAUUUUAGAGGUGACAGGAAAUAGUCAUCUAAUUACACAUGCAGGACAAAUAGAGGUUUAAAACAAAAUAUUGGUUGUUAAAGUUCGGGCCAUUCUCAACAUCUUUUAAGGUAAUGUUGACCCUCUGUUACAAACAAACAGACCCUGAGUAGUAUGAAAUGUUUAUCACUCUAAAUAUGUAAUUUUUCAAAAGCAAAAAGUUUGUUUUCAGUAGUUGCAAACUUGUAAACACUGCCUACGUUAGCUACCUGCUAAUAAUUUCAAUGCUGUCUUCGCCCUGUUUUGGUUGUACAAUCAAGUUUUAAUCACAAUUCAUUUAAUCGCAAAAGUAAUUUCUAAUGUCACUUUAGUUUACUUUAGUGAACAGAAUUUUAGCAUGGCAUUUGGGGGAUGUUAAUAUACCGAGCAUAGCAAUUAGCCAUACUAGCCUUUUUGCUGAUUUUGAGGGGUUUUUUAUUGUUUUAUAUCCAAAUGUUUCGAGGAUUGGGGCUUUAAAGUUUGCAUGACAUUUUUUGGAGUUCUCCCCAUGACCUUUACUGAUGUAAAUCCUAGAUGUAGUUUGAAUGAUGACCUUGUUUGUAAGAUAAUUUCUGUUUCACAGCCAGACAGAGAAAGUGUAACUGUAGUUUAAAAACCUGUUUUAAAAUUGUUCAAUCGUCCCUGUUUUGUACAAAGACCCACACAUGCACACAUAUGAUCACAUACACGUACACGUAUUGGCACAGAAUGAGUGUGGAGCAAUAGUGACUCCUCUACAACUGAGCUUGUUUCUUGUUUGUUGAACUGUUUAUUUCUAAUUUGUUCUUUUAUUUGCGUGCACAUAUUUACUAAAGCAGAGCAGUAUUUUCCCAUGUUAGCAUUCUGUCACAUUCAAACAAGAGAACUAAAGUGAAAUAAUCGACAUAUUGACAUUUUCUACAAACAUUAUGCAACUCUUUUUCUAAUUCUUUUGAUUUGUUUAGAAACUGAGGAAACCUCUUUAUAUUGCUGUUUGCACACAACGAAUUCAAACAGCUGUCUCAUGGGAGACGAUUAAUUCCAAUAUUAUCACAGAAUUUCUCUGUGUUAUUAAUUUAACUUGACAUUCCCAUAGAGGGAAAAUGAACGAGGACACAACACUCCCUGUGCAUGGUCCAAAUUAUGGGAAUCCUCAGCAAAAAUGGUGAGAUAAUUUAAACAUCUUUAUUUAACAUUAACGCAGCACAGUUUGUACCAUUGCUAUCGCUAACACUGCUGUUUAAAAUGCCACAACAACAAAAAAAAUGCUGUCUUGCCUCUAGUGGUAUCAACCCACACAGAUGGUUUUGGUUUAAUUUUGUCCAGAUUUUAGUGCAUGUGCUUUUCCCUGCACUCAACUAUAAUGGAAACAAAAUUUCAGUCAUUCAUUGCAUGAUAAUAAUGCGAUGGUAAACUCUCAAACACUGACAUGUCAAACCAAAGCUAUCUGUAGAAUUGGGAAAUGUUUUAUUGUUAUUUGGGUGAACCAUCCCUUUAAUAUCUCAGGGUGCCAAGCAUUUACACCUGCUCUCUGCAUUGUACUGAAGCAGACUUUUUUUUUCUUUGUUUGUUUUUACCUGCUUUGUUUGUGCAUCAAACUAAAAUUUCCUUCAAGCGGUUUUGAUAUCAUUUAACCUUCAGUGCUAAUUGAAACCCACACCACUCUGCCCCGCCACCUCCACAAUUUAAAAACUCACACACACUUACACACACACAUAGCCACUCUCUUUGAUGCUCCAUUGUCCAGCUAGUGGCCAACAGUCUAUUUCAGCCCUCUGUGGCUAAUAGCACACAAUGAAUUAAACUAUGCAGAACAAAGGCAGAUGCACAGUCGAUCAUUCUCUGCGUGUUCACAAAAAAUAUGAAUUAGUGCAGCUUUAAAGUGAUUGAACACAAGUAAAAUGAAUUAUGAAUCUGAUAUUUUGCUAAAUGAACUUUUCCUGUAUAUUUUUUACAGUCAAACAAUGUGUUUAUGGCCAUUACAUCAGUUUUUAAUUAUGUGCACAAUUUUGCUGUUGUUGUAGCUCUUUUUGGUUGUUUUUUAAUUUUGGAUUUGUUUUGUUUUGGGGGUUUGUUGUCAUUGCUUCUCUGAAACAAACACUGGCUUUUUAACUCCAAAGGUUGUUCUAUUGAAGAAUACGAACAAAAACAUGCCUUUCUCACAGAUUGUUCAACUUUCUUGAAAAAAAAAAGAAAAAAAAAUCUGGUUUCCUGGUCGAGUGCACAGGUUGAGAUCACUGAGUAGAGUAUAAAUAUAGAAUAUGUUUACAAAUAGGUGUCAUGUCACAUUUGAUCAAUUUUUGCCAUGUAAAACUUGCUCGGUUCAGUUGAACCGAUUCUUGGUGUUGUGGAAGAGACAGAAUGAGUUUCCUCACCUUGUCUUUAAUCCAACUAUUGGGAUGGGUCAGCAUUACAUGGAUACAAGUGCACCUCCAAUAUUUGCCUUAGAACUUGCAGAGGCCAUAGUUCACAUUUAAGUGAAGCGAGUGUAUGCAAGGGCCUGAGCCCCCAUCCCUUAGUCACCAGUGCGGACUUUCUCACACUUAUCUACCUGUGAAAUCCUUCAUACCUCUCAUAACUGGUCAAUGACUGUAUCAGCAAACUGCAUCAGGUGUUUUUUCUACAUGCUUUUUACACAGAUUAUAUGGAUUAUUGUAUUAGUAGGUGCAUCAUUUUUAAUGUAAUAGCUCUUAAGCUUGUAGGUGUUGUUUUUUCUCUCAUUUUUCUAAAUGACUGUUUUGUGUUAAUAUUGUCAAUUUGAAAUUACUGUCAUUUGCUUAUUCUCUACUAAGAGUUCUUACCUAAUUUUAAAUGCUACAUGACCCUAAUUAAUUAAAUGACUUAAUAACCAUUGUAAAUACGGUAUUGUGAGAACCCCAUUUUCAUUCAUUUCUAUUGCUAGUGUUAUAUAAAUGAUUUUUUUUUUGUCUAGACACCAUUUCUCUUUAAGAA